GAAAGUUGACUUUUAGAUCCCUACGCAGGUGAAAUCGUGAAAAAUAAAACAAGAUUAAUAAUUGGUAUUAAAGAAAAUUAAAAAGUUAACAUUACAACGUGCAAUUAACCCAACAAUUGCAAAACAUAAACAAAUGCAACACAAAAUCACAAACGCAUCGGAUGAAUUCAAAAUAUAUUUGUUUAAAAGUAUUGGGAAAUUGAAAAAGUUGGCCAAUUAGGUACAAAAAUUAUUUGCGUUGUAACUCCAGCAUAAAUCUGGAGAAAACUGAGAAAGCCAGAACUUCGCCAAGAAAAAGAAAAAAGCACACAAGCACUGUCAUACACUAAAGUGAGGGGCUCUCGAUUAACGGUUCUAAUUUUGUUGGAAUAUAGAGACGAUAGACAGAUAGCCCGAACAUAAGACUGAUAGUAGUAGGAAGCCAUCAAGCCAAUUUCAAUUUCAAGCUCUCUUGUUGGCAAUAUUUGGCGAGAGAAAAUUCUCCAAUCGAACAAAACGUCGUAGCUAGCGGUUGGCCACAGGUGGAAAUGGAAGACGAUUGGACGGGCAAAGCGGUAUCCAUUGAGUGCGAUGCCAAGCUAGGCGUAUUUCAGGGCAUUAUAUCUCAGUGUACUCCCUCGGAAAUAACCAUAGUUCGUGCAUUUCGCAAUGGUGUGCCACUACGAAAACAAGACGCCGAGGUGACGCUGCGUUCUUCAGACAUUUUGAAGAUAAAUCUAUUGCCGGCAUACAAUAACCAGAGUACCGUAACUCCUUCUGUAAUAAAUAAGCCCACCCCGGUUAAGCAACCGAAUUUCGCCAACGUAUCCAACGGAGGGGGUGCACACAGCCAAAACCAUAUACAAAAGCAGGACGUCAAUUCUGCACUUAGCAACAAGAUGAAACAAAGUAAUGCGCCCAAUCAAGAAGCUAAUGUCCUAUCACCCACAUCUUCAAGAGCGCCCAGCGCACAACAACUAACGGCGUUCAACAACGGCAAAAAAUCAAAUUCACCCAAUCCCUCGAGCAGUGUGGCCCUGUUCUUUGGCAAUUUAAUACCGCCAAAAGUAGAGGUGAGGCUGGGCGCGGCAAGUUGUUCGGCCUCAGUUUGUUCCACUUCUAAUAGUUGUAAUGCGGAGAGUUUUGGCAGUAGCGGCGGUGCAUUAACUAGCAGCAAGCCCAUCGAUAUUGUUCAGAGUGGAGGUUCUUAUUACCCUGGCCAGAAAGAAAAUGGCGCAGCCUCCUAUUCGAGCGGAAAUGGCAAUGGCAAUGGCAAUGGUAAUGGCAGAUCACAACGCCAAUCCAUAAAUGGUAAUAGCUGCACAAGCAUGACCAACGGAAAUGGAUCUCGUAAUAAGCAACGCAACAACAAACAAGUCCGCAGGGAGAACAGCAUUAAACAUAGCCAAACGUUUAGCGCAUCCAUUGACGAUCCUCUCCUGCAUGAGGAUUUCGAUUUUGAAGGUAAUUUGGCCUUGUUCGACAAGCAGGCUAUAUGGGAUUCUUUGGAAGCAGGCAAAAAGCCGGAUCUGGUGCAACAUGCUGUAUCGGCUUCCAACCAAAAAAAGUACAGGCACGAUGAAAAUAUUCUUCAUAGUGAACCGGCAAAAAUGCGACAGAUAGAAUCGCUGUUUGAGGGCUCGGAGGAUUUUGUAACGGACGAGGGACUUAUAAUACCAACGAUACCCACAUAUGUGAGGUCGAAAAUUGAAAUGUGCGCUCAGAAAUGUGGCCUGUCGCUGCAGCGCCAAUUGGAUUUGCUGGCUCGGGGAACUACUGACUUGGCAAUUUUGUUGCUAGGUGGUGCACGACGUUUGACUCCGAACAAUCGUCAUCAGUGGCCAACAGUGGCAAUCAUAUGUGAAAAAUCGGAAAAUUUCAGAUCGAGCAAUGUCGGAGCCGCUACGGGCCGUCAGCUAGCUUCGCAUGGCCUGAAGGUACUACUUUACCUCGAAGAAGACUCAAAUAUAGAACAGAAGAGUAUAGAAAUUUCGCUUUUCAAGGCGACUGGGAAUACGGUGGUGUAUUCCGUUGAAGCUCUCCCCACACCUGAUCUUGUGAUAUUGUCGACAAAUUCUGCUAAUUUGUCGGCCAAUGUGAAAAAAUGGUUAAGUGAAAACCGUGCAUCCAUUCUGGCCAUUGAUCCGCCACCAAGUGGCAUUAAUGAUGUUUCCAUUAAAUAUUCAAUUUUACCAAUCUUACCAUUAAAUGGCAUAUCAUCGAAUAGUUGUGGCAAAUUGUAUUUAUGUAAUCUGGGUAUACCGGACAAAUUUUUUUUCGAUGCUGGCAUUAAGUACAAAAGUCCAUUUGGGCAUAAAUUUGUGAUAGCGAUCCACUCAAAGGACUGAAACAAUCAUCAGAAUUUGAAACAAGCAUUCAAUCAUGGAGAUUAAACAAAAGCAAAGCAUAAAGGAAUCUUCAAACAAUCAAACACACACAACCAAGCAACAAUUUAAGCAACAUUUUAAACGUGGCAGCAAUUUUAACGCAGUACGAUCGAUAACUUUGUCGGAGGAGGUUGUUUUGCCGUGCAAACUUCUUAAAAACAAUCGAGAGCAACAUUCACAUUAACAACAACAGCAACAAGAACAGAACAAAUGCCAUUUUAUCAAAACGAAAAACAAAAAGCUUUAAUAUUUUCACUGACUGUUCUUUGUUGAAUAUUGAAAUGAGCCUAAAUAGGUAAACCGCUCCACUAAUUAGUGUUGAUUUCAAAAUAACAUUCCCGCCAAAUUUAACUCUUACCCUCUUCCAUUGUCCCCUCCAUCGUGCAAUGCAACAACAUCAACAAUUCUGAGAAAUAAACAGAAAGAAGAUUCCACAUAAUGUUGUUUAA